UCCUGAUUCUUUUGGGUAAAUGUCCGUGUUUUCUUUUCUCCAGGAGGGAAACUUCGCUAGGUUUUUGCGUUGAGUUUGACUCGAAUUUCUGAAUAUAAGGAGUUUGGUUUAGCGAUCAUCACUCGUCAUCACUGAUCAGAGGCUUCUGUACACUUUCUUGGCACUCAAGUCAUGUCUGGUAUAGCGUUAAGUCGUCUCGCGCAAGAACGAAAGGCUUGGCGGAAAGACCAUCCUUUUGGUUUUGUAGCUGUACCAACAAAAAACCCUGAUGGAACAAUGAACUUGAUGAACUGGGAGUGCGCCAUCCCGGGCAAAAAAGGGACACCGUGGGAGGGAGGCUUGUUCAAACUCCGGAUGCUCUUCAAGGACGACUAUCCAUCCUCUCCGCCAAAGUGUAAAUUUGAGCCUCCUUUAUUCCAUCCGAAUGUAUAUCCGUCUGGUACCGUAUGCUUGUCUAUUUUAGAGGAAGACAAAGACUGGAGGCCUGCCAUUACAAUCAAGCAGAUCUUGCUAGGUAUUCAAGAACUCCUUAACGAACCAAAUAUCCAGGAUCCUGCACAGGCUGAGGCAUACACAAUUUACUGCCAAAACAGAGUGGAAUAUGAAAAAAGGGUCCGAGCACAAGCCAAAAAGUUCUCGCCGUGAACUCCGCCGUAGUGGAAAUGGGUUUUGACCAGGUCCCCUCACCCGUUACAUCUCUACAAAUCAUAUUCACUUCAUACUAAUUUCCUGCUGGGCUUACAGAAACGAAUGUGUUGUGCCAUUGUUGUCCCACUGAUGCUCAUCUUGACGACACUCUGAGUUUUAAAUUUGGCCUUUUUUGUAUAAUUUCUCCCAUUUGGGCUAAUCACACGAGACUGUGUGUGUUGUUUUUCUUUCCGUUGGUUACUUUGUAACGGCGCUUAACUUUUAUAAACACACAAGGCACAAUAACAUCCACAUGCAGAAGAAUUAUAUUCCACAGACGAAGGGGUACGAGCCCAAAACUGCUUUCGUUUUACUUAAUCUUCGUUUUCUUUCAGACUGGCCUCCUUAGUGUCUUCAUGGUUUUAAAAAACUUGCUAUUAAUGUCAGUAUUUCAACUGCUGUAAAAUUAUACUUUUAUACUUUCUUUACUUUGAAUUAGUGUCUCUAGAAAGAUUUCCAUUCCUGAUGCAGGCAGUAUACUAAGCAUGUACCAUUCAGUU